AUGAGCAAGAUACAGUACCUCCCUGUAGACGAAGAGGACUCUAGUGCAGUGGAGCGUGUGGCGGGUCUCCCCCUGGUGCGCUCCCUGGUACAGGGUGUGGGCUCGGUCUACGGGGAGGCCAGGACUCGCUACCCUCUGCUGGGCUUCAUGGGAGACCUGUCCAGCCUGGGGUUACGCUUCCUCCAGCUCACCGCCAGCGAGCGCACCGCUCCACUCAGAGACAGGCUGCAGCCAGAGAUUCAAGCACUCAACCACUAUGCUUGUAUGGGGCUGGAUGAGAUGGAGAAAAACUUCCCAGCUCUCAACCAAUCAGCAGAGGAGGUGUUGAGUCAUCUGAAAGACGGCCUCUUUCUGACCCUGGAUGACCUCCAGGUGCGUGUGACUGAGGAGGUGGACGGGAUGCUAGAGAAGGGGGAGCAGCUGGUGGAUGUGAUCUGGGAUCUACUCAUCGCCCUGCAGAACUCGCCUGCGGGCCGCGCCGUGACCUCUGGCCUUGACGACGUUCUCACGCGCACCGAGGAAGCCGUGGCCCUUUACCUGCCCAUACCCCCCACACUGCGCAACGAAUUCGAGGCGAGGGCCCAGCUGUAUGAGGACGAUGACGAUGAUGAGGAGCCGGGGACGUGGACGCGGGUGCGGUGCCUCCUGCUGAGCCUGACGCUGCAACUAUACCACCGAGCUCUGAAGCUGAGGGAGCAGCUGCAACACGCCAUCCAACCACUGGGGGUCGCUGCUGACACAGUGGGCUUGACUAGGAUGGUGGAAACGGUGGUUUCUCUGCUACAGAACCUCAUGGCCUUCUAUCUGGCUCAGGUGAAGCGGAUGGCGGGUCUGCGGGCCGUGGCUCUGGAGCGUCUCUCCGGCCUGGUGCAGAGCCUGGUGCGUCUGCCUCCGGUGGCCCAGCUCCAGGCCCAGCUCCAGGCCCUGCCAGCCCAGCUGGGGGAGGUGGCCACCGGCCUGCAGGAGCUCAGCACCUUACUCAUCCAGCUGCUCAUCAACACCACACCCCUCUACAACAUGCUUGAGGAGCCCACAGAGCAGGAGCUGCUAGAAUACCUGAACCAGGAGGAGCCGUGUGAGGAGGUGACGGCACGCCGUGACUGCUCCUCCACCUCCUCCCUCUUCCUGAAGACCAUGGACGCUCGCCCACGCCGACGCAGAAGCUUCUACGCCCGCAAUCGCCGCAGCUCCACCAGCUACGCGCCCGACUCCUCUUCCUCCUUGUUCUCCACCACUACCACCCCCAACACCACCCCCAACACCACCUCCACCACCAGCUCAUCCCAGGGCUCCAACGUGACCCCCACCUCCACACCCACCACCAUCAGCACCCCUACCCAGGCACCGCUCCCAGCCAACGGCCGUAAAGGGAGCAUGAAACGUGGAAGCCAGCCGGAGAUAGACACCCUCCGUAAAGCCAGCCUGAAGCCUGAACCGGACACCCCCCGUAAAGCCAGCCUGAAGCGCGGAAGCCAGUCUGAGCUAGUGGACACCCCACGUAAAGGGAGCCUGAAACCUGGAAGCCAGCCGGAGAUGGACACCCCACGUAAAGCCAGCCUGAAGCGUGGAAGCCAGCCUGAGCUAGUGGACACCCCACAUAAAGCCAGCCUGAAGCCGGCAAGCCAGUCUGAGGUGGAAACCCCCCGUAAAGCGAGCCUCAAGCCUGGAAGCCAGACGGAGAUGGACACCCCCCGUAAAGGCAGCCUGAAGCCGGAGAUGGACACCCCCCGUAAAGGUAGCCUGAAGCCGGAGGUGGACACCCCCCGUAAAGGCAGCCUGAAGCCUGCAAGCCAGCCAGAGAUGGACACCCCCCGAAAAGGAAGCCUGAAGCUUCAGCUAGUGGAUACCCCGACAGUACUGCCCCCGUCCAACAUGGGACGGCGCAGGUCGUCUGCUGCGGAGAUCCUCCUCACCCCCAUCAUACAGCUGGUCUCCCAAAGCCAGAGAGCCCUGGAGUACUUCAGCUCCAACCUAAACCAGGAGGAGGACGACAUGGAGGAGAGGAAGGAGGAG